GUUUGUCAGUCAGGGGUUAGAGUCUAAAUGGUGAGGUUUGGAACCACUACCCGGUUGUACACUUAUCACCAUGGUUGAGACCCGUAGUGGGAAAGACAUUAGCCCCUACACCCCUGAGCAGCAAGAAAAGAUGGCCGCCCUAGUGAGAGAAAAUAAAGAGAGGAAGGAGCUCCAGAAGCAAGCGAAGCUAAAGGCAAUCACGGAGGAGCAGGAGGCAAAGAUGAAGAGGUUGGAGGAGGAGAUGAAGAGGGUUCAACAGGAAGAGGAAGAGAGGAGAAUGGCUGCUGAAGAAGAAGCAGCGGAAGAAGAAGAAAAAGAAAGAAAACGUAUUGAAGGAGGAGAAGGGAGUAGUGGCACAAAGAAGGAUACAAACGCAGAGAUGGAGAAGAGGAUAAGUGAGUGGGUCGCUAAUUUAUCAUUGGGGGAAGACGAGGAGGCAGAGUCUUAUAUACCUCAGGAUGAGAGAGAGGCUUUAGCCAGGGAGCUGACGACAAUGGAGGACCCUAUGGAACGGCGAGAAAGAGAAGAAGAGAAGAAGUUAGAAUGGAAGUUGAGAAUGAAAAGGGAGAAGAAGAGAAGGAGGGAGGAAGUCAACAGACUGACCGCAGAGGUGGCAAAGGUAAAAGAUUGUAGGCAAGAAGUGGAGGCUCAAGCAGAUGACAAGGCCAAAUGGGAUAAGGUGUUGGGGUACUUGGAGGUGUUGAGCGCGGCUUGGAUGGAGGAGCGCCAAGCCAGUUGGAGCCAGGAAGUGGCCCUGAGUGCCAUGCGGUCGGGGUUUAGGGACUUUGCGCGCGAUAUGGUUACCCACGUUGGGGGAGAAGUAAGGAGGUUGAGAGACAACGUGGGGAAGUUUUGUGAGGGCGCUAUCGAGGGCACCAGAGCGAUAGCCGCUGUAGAGGGCGAGGCCAGGCCUCGCAAGGACCCAGUCAAGCUUAAAUUCCCAGAUGCAUAUGGAGGGAAGAAGGAGGAGAACUUUGACAACUGGGAGGCCAGUGCCAAUAGUUACGUUUAUAUUAGCCAUAGGGCGCUGAAGAAGCUGAGGCUAGGACUAAGGGUCCAGAAGUUAGCAGACCCCAUAGUCAGUGUCCUCGCAGACAACCGCACGAUGCGCGUUGAGGACUAUGUAGAGGGAGUCCAGGCGUACUUUCGCCUAGAGAAGGAUGGGAAGGUGGAGAACGUUCUCCAUUCCCUGACUCUCCUCGUACACGAUGACCUUCCUUUCGACAUAGUAUUAGGAAUGGAUUGGGGAGAGGCAGCAGAGGCCACACUCCAUUUGAGAGAGCAUGAGUGUAGGCUCCCUAGCCCGUCAGGCGAGGUUAAGACUGCCCGCCUGUUUCAUGUGUCAGGUGUAGACAACACCUUGGCACAUUGCUGUCUCAGUGCUCCCGCGUUCGCGCGGUUAGUGAAGAAGGAGCGAUUAGAGGAAGAGGUCUUUGUAGUUUAUGUUAGAUCUGUCACUGAGGCUAAGGAAGAGGUGACUUCCACAGAUCCAACCAUUGCCAAGCUGCUGGAGGAGUUCGAAGACUUGACUGAGUCGCUGACAGGAGUAGUGCCACGACCCAUCCAGCACAGGAUAGAGAUAGAGUCUGGCAGUAGAACUCCUAAGGGAGCAGUCUACACGAUGUCCCGUAGAGAGUUAGAGGAGCUACGCAAGCAGUUAGACGAGCUCCUCGAGAAAGUAGUCUAUCUAGAUGAUAUAUUAGUCUUCAGCAAGACCCUCCAAGAGCAUCAGGGUCAUCUCAGGCAGGUCUUGGAGAAGCUCGGAGAGGCUAACUUCAAGUCCAAGACGCAAGUCCUGUACUUGGGCCACGUAUUAGAUGGAGAUGGCAUUAAGACAGAGGACAGCAAGAUAGCGGCAAUUAGAGAUUGGCCGAUGCCCCACACAUUGACAGAGUUGCAGUCGUUCUUGGGCCUAGCUAACUACUAUAGAAGGUUCGUGAGGAACUUCUCUACUAUCGCCGCUCCCCUGCGCAGGCUGCUUAAGAAAGAGGCAAUUUGGCAAUGGGACAAAGACCGCACAUCUGCGCUAAAGAAGCUAAAGCGCGCAUUGAUAAAGUACCCUGUCCUCAAAGUAGUCGAUCCGUCUUUGCCAUUUGUCGUCACCACGGACGCGAGUCAGUAUGGAAUAGGCGUCGUGUUGCUGCAAGACGACGACAAUGGCUAUAGACCCGUAGAGUUCGUGUCAGCGAGGAUGCCCUCGGAGAAAGUUCCUACCUCGACGUACGAGAGAGAACUUUACGCUCUCAGGCAGGCCUUAGACCAUUGGAAGCAUUACCUGCUUGGGAGGCACUUCAAAGUAUACUCAGACCACGAAACUCUUAGAUGGUUAAAGACCCACGCCAAGAUGACACCAAAGCUAACUAGGUGGGCCGCUGAGAUAGACCAAUAUGACUUUGAGCUUAAGCCAGUGAAGGGCAAGUACAACGUAGUUGCGGAUGCUCUGAGAGUGGGAGUUGCAGCACCACGAUCCACCCUAUCUUCCACACCACGAUCCACCGUAUCUCCUGGGUCACAAUCCACCCUAUCUUCUUCCACGAGCGACACUUCCGGGUCACGAUCUACCCGAGCUUCUUCCAUGAGCGAGACAUUGGGGUCACGAUCCACCCUAUCUUCUUCCAUCAGCGACCCUUCUGGGUUACGAUCCACCCUAUCUUUUUCCAUCAGUGACUUUCCUUCUAGCGUUCUCGUUCCGUCCACAAGGUCUUCCCAGAAGGAUUCCCAAGAUGUUGCUAACCUCAAGAAAUAUCCAGUAGUAAGGAAGGAUGAUCUUCUUGCGGCGCUGCCAUCUCAAUGGUCCGAUGAUCCAGCGGUUGAAAUCCGACACAUGCUCAGGAGUGGAAGGUGGCCACAAGUGCUCGUUGUAUUGGAUGAUGACCCAACUGGAACACAGACGGUUCAUGGAGUGAAUGUUCUUACUGAUUGGAGUGUGGAGACAUUGAAGACUGAGUUGGCAGAAUCACCGCCAUGUGUCUUCAUUUCUACAAAUGCACGUGCGCUUGUGGUGGAAAAGGCUGUGGCUCUAACGAAAGAAGUCUGCUCCAAUGUUGCAAGGGCAGCAAAGGCUGUGGGUGUGCAGUACAUGAUCAUACUGAGAGGAGACUCCACUCUGCGAGGACAUUUCCCUCAGGAAAUGGAUGCGGCAGUCUCCGUGCUGGGUCAGAUGGACGCAUGGAUUAUUGCUCCGUUUUUUUUCCAAGGGGGAAGGCUGACAAUUAAUGAUGUUCAUUAUGUUGGAGAGGGCGACAGGAUGAUCCCAGCAGGAGAGACAGAGUUUGCCAAGGAUGCAUCAUUCGGCUAUACAGCAUCGAACCUGAAAGAAUGGGUGCAAGAAAAGAUGAAGGGACGAGUUUCUGCGAAAGACGUCUUUUCCAUUUCUCUCUCUUUCUCCUAGCGCAGCAUCCGAGUCCUGGCUCAGCGCUCUGCCCCCCACAAUAGCGCACAAGUGCA